UGCCAGGACAUUCCCAGAAACAUCUCAAUUAUUUACAAUUUUCUUUUUAUAAUAUCGAAACGGUUAUUUUAAUUUUUAAAACCUUUUUGCCUCCACCAUAUAUAACGAGACGUGUCUUCCGAACUAGCGUAGGUAGAAGUAGUUCCAGCUUAGUCCUUUUCAGAAAAUUAGAGCCGUAGAUUCACAGGAAUUUGGGUAUCUAAACCAAAUCAUUGGAUUUCCUCAUCAGGAUUUGGUAUCAGAGUGAAUUCAAACCAGGCUUAAAAUUUGAGUGCUUUUCAAGUUUGUGAAAAAUAUAUCAUAAGAAUGGCAGUAGGACAAAUUCAGCAUGAAGAAUCUGUAACAACUGGUUUAAAGUUUGUCCCCGGCUCAUGCAUUUUAGGAAGAAAAAGGGUUGUGAUUUCAGAUAGUUUGGAUUCAUCCAAUUCAUCUUCUCCAUUAAGCGGGCCACUGCAAAAGAGGCGUGGUGCAAGAUCGUUUGUGGAGAGAUCGAAUUGCCUCGAGUCACUACCCCAAGAUGUUUUGGUUAGGAUACUAUGUAAGGUGAAUCAUAGCGACUUGAAACAGCUUAUUUUGGUGUCCAAGAUUGUCCAUGGAGCAACUUUGAUUGCUAAGGAGAUGCAUUUUGCUUUUAGCACUCCAUCCUCAAAGCCCACCUUCAGGAGAGAAGGAAAUAUGGGAGAUAUUGAUUUAGAAGUCAGUGAAGAGGCACCAAAUGCACCAAAGCAACGAAGGGUUGCGAAAUCACGGCUAGGUGGAAAAACACUAUCCAGUAUUGCUGUUGCCCUCUUCACAUCACCAGAGGACAAGUGGCCAAAGAACAGAUUGGCUGCAGAGAUGUAGAUAUGAAAUUUACUAGUUUUUAUUCAUGUGAGCAUUUUGUUGACUUAUACUAGGUUGGCAUUUUUUGAUUCAAAAGGGCUUAGUUUCCACAGCUCUGUUAUGUUGUUUUGUGUUGUAUUCUUCUAAUGUGAAGUCACUGUAGAAGCCUUUCUUCAAUGCAUUUAUUGAAGACAAAUGGCCUUCUGUGUUGUAUGUAACUAGAUACCGCAAUGAUGUCAGAAGAGUGCUUCUCUCUUCUAUGUAGAUAAAUAUGCUGUACACUAGGAUUAAAUUGUAUUUGAAGGCCUAUCCUUCUUUUACGUAAGAAGAAAUAAAAUCACAAUUUCAAUAUUUGUUCUCA